GUUAGAGCGGUGGAGUUCCGCCGCUCCCGGAAGUGGCGGAAGGGUGAUUGGCGCGGAGCGGAAGUCACCGGAGAGACGGGCGGAGGCGGCGAGCGAGGAUGAACAACAAAUUUGACGCUUUGAAAGAUGAUGACAGUGGGGACCAUGACCAGAACGAAGAGAACAGCACACAGAAAGAUGGUGAGAAGGAAAAAAAUGAUCGUGACAAAUCCCAGAGUAGCACCAAGAGGAAGGCUGUUGUCCCAGGGCCGGCCGAGCACCCCCUGCAGUAUAAUUAUACUUUCUGGUACUCCAGACGAACACCGGGGAGACCCACCAGCUCUCAGAGCUAUGAACAGAACAUCAAACAGAUUGGCACCUUCGCCUCAGUGGAGCAGUUCUGGAGGUUUUACAGUCACAUGGUACGUCCUGGGGACCUGACAGGCCAUAGCGACUUCCAUCUCUUCAAAGAGGGAAUCAAACCCAUGUGGGAGGACGAUGCCAACAAAAAUGGUGGCAAGUGGAUUAUCCGUCUGCGCAAGGGCUUAGCAUCCCGCUGCUGGGAGAAUCUCAUUCUGGCGAUGUUGGGAGAACAGUUUAUGGUGGGGGAAGAAAUCUGUGGGGCAGUUGUCUCUGUCCGAUUCCAGGAGGAUAUUAUCUCCAUAUGGAACAAGACCGCUAGCGACCAGGCCACAACAGCUCGGAUACGCGACACGUUACGCCGAGUGCUUAACCUACCUCCGAACACCAUCAUGGAAUACAAAACGCACACUGACAGCAUCAAGGCCUGGGAGGAGUUUCAUGGCCUGGUGAACAGCAGUGGUCGCUGAUCGAACGCUCCCCCUCUCUGUCACACCCAGGGGAUAAUUCAAGCUUUCGAAACACCAAAAUCACAUUGUGAGAACAAGGCUGACGGUAAAUUCCUCUCUCGGUGUGAACCCGCUGAGAGGUCUCCAUCCGUGCCCUGCCAUUUCUGGAGGGCCGCACAGGCUGGAGUGAUCGCACCACCCUUUUGCACUCAACCCCGGAGGAAGGAUUUCAUUCAAAGCCCUUCUGCGUCGGUGACUAAUAAGAGGCUGACCUUGUCACACAAAACUCUUUUUUCCAAUGGCAGGGCGGGAGGCCGACUUUUCAGUUAGCAGGGUGCCCUCCCAGUGCCUCCUUCAGCACUUUCUUUCCUCUUUCCAUACCCUGUGCAGAGGAUAUUGUGAGUCCCAUGGUCUUGUGCUGAGGGGUACCAGUAUUAAUGAAUCUCUGCGGCCAGGAGAGAUGACCCAUUGGUUUGCAAAUGCCCCCUUUCAGCUCUGCCAAUAAAUUAUUGGGUCUCUGUUUCUUUCAA